AUGUGGGGGUGGCCCGGAAGUAGGGUGGGGGGGUUAUGGUAUACCCCACUUGUCAGCAGCAGCCCUGUUACCGCUAAUCUGUCUAAUACAACGCUAAUCUACGCCCUCCUCUACGGCUACUACUCUAGCUUAAAGGUUAGUAGUCUCUGGGAAGAGCUUAAGAAGGCCGACGGCGCGUUAAGGAAGAACCUGUUGCAGGUGGACAAGCUCGCCGCUGUACAGCUUCUGCGCGAGUUCUUCUGCCGGACCGCGGACGGCAAGUUCCUUAGCUAUCUAAUUAUUCGCUACGCUAACACUUACACCAACCUGCUCGGCAGGGACCUAGACAUCUGCUACCUCAACCUCGUCCUCAACCUCCCCGGCCUCCUACAGGCCGUAUACGACGCCAAGGCGGCCGAUAAGCCUAUCCUAACCCUUGCUACCGAGCUGUCGAAAGCCAUUAGUUUAGGUAGUAAGGUGCCGGCCCCUAGAGCGUACCUCUACGCCUUCACCAAGCUGAAUAGGAGCCUGAAGAUAAAGACUAAGAUCCUUAUUAGUACCUACAACCUCGCUAGCACGGGUCUUGACGACCUUAAGGUUGCUAACUACCUCGUCUACUAUAGCGUGAACAAACACGCCACCAAGGUCUCCCAAGCAAGCGGCCGCAUCAACCGGCAAGGACAGCCGCUGACCUGCUUUAUCUAG